AUGAAACCGAUCAUUGCCGUCCCCGCGACCUGCGCGCUCGUCUACCGAGCGUGGAGCAGGAACUCGCUGACCCCGGCCGGAAUAGCCGUCGCAACCUUGACAGCCAUCGCGCACGCCUACCACCCAUGGAAUCUUCCUUUCGUUCUCCUCUGUGUCUUCUUUCUAGCAGGAACACGCGUGACGCAUAUCAAGGAAGAUGUCAAGUCGCACUACACAGUUCCCUCCAAGGGAUCAUCUGGCGGAGAAGGACCUAGGACGCAUGUUCAAGGCAAGUUCCUGAAGCGCUUCCUCGCCAAUAGCCUGAUGGCCUCGGUCCUCACGAUCCUCCACGCGAACCAACUGCGCAAACGAGAAGCCGCCUUUGUCGACCCGAAUACUCCGGACCCCGAGAGCUCACUGUGCUUCUCCUGGGGUGGCGAUCUCCUUGUUGUUGGAAUCAUUGCAAACUACGCCGCCGUUGCUGCCGAUACCUUCAGCUCUGAACUGGGCAUUCUGUCCAAGAGCCAGCCCCGCCUCAUCACGUCGCCAACACUGCGAAAGGUGCCUCGCGGAACAAAUGGAGGGGUCACUCUCAUGGGUCUUGGCGCGGGACUUUUGGGAUCCAUGAUCAUCGUCACUGCGUCCAUGAUGUUCCUACCUUCAUGCAGCGAGGAGACGGCACAGAAACCUGGGGGUGGAUCGCCAUGGUCGGUACUCGAACGACGCAAGUUUAUGGGCUUCAUGGUGAUCUGGGGCACGUUGGGUAGCGUGCUCGACAGCUUCCUGGGCGGAAUGUUUCAGCGAUCAGUCAAGGACGUCCGGUCUGGAAAGAUCGUCGAGGGGGAGGGCGGCAACCGGGUGCUCGUGGCUGAGUCUGCCGAGGCCGCGGCAGCGCACUCCAAGAAGAGGGCCGACAUCAAAGCGGCCAUCAUGCAUGGGGAAGACGAUGACGAUGGUGAAGCUGACGCUGAUGUCUACGAUCCUCGGGACAAGCACCGCAAGGCAAGUUUUGGGGACGAGCGGCCUUCUCGUGUGGUUGAAAGUGGAUGGGAUCUUCUCGACAACAAUGAUGUCAACUUUCUCAUGGCCGUCUCGAUGAGUGUUGGCGGCAUGGCGGUAGCAAGUUGGUACUGGGAUGUCCCCAUUCAGAGCGUCAUGGGUGUGUAG